AUGGUUGCUUUGAAACCUGCCCUUCUCGUUCUUCUCACCCUCGGCAAUGAGGCCCUUGCGGUCAAUUCUGACGUUCUCUGCACCAGUAAACUUGGCACUGCAAGCAUUGCGUCUAACAAAAUUCCCCGGGCUACCACCACCAUCAAAAACCAGGUCACUGUCAUCAAGAGGAUUAUCCGCAAAACCAACGUUAUUGUGGUUCCUCAACCUCGUACGACAACUGUAACCGAGACGGCAAAGAGCACCGUCACAACAGAUGCUGCGCCUGAUGUCGAAGUAGCCACCAGCGUUAUCACCAGUACGCAAACCCAAAGGGUAACUUCCUAUACUACAACGACUUCGACUUCGACCUCAUAUACUACCACAACAAAAUGGAGUACCAAGACCAUCGCUGCCCCGAUAGGCUUUAAGUAUCUCAAAAGCUCUGACAGCCAGUGGGUACCAAAGAAGCUUAAAGUCAGAAAGAACCAAGAAGUCUUUCCUAUCAUUCCACCCGAGUCUUUACAUGUUCAGCGAGUGGACUGUACCAAGAGGGUUCCUUCGACUACUAUCAAAACUGUCACCACUACCAUCCCAGGUCCUCGUAAGACUCUGGCGCCCAAGACAAAGACCAAAAUGACCACAACCACUGAGAUUGUCACCCACACAAACUACCCUCCCAAGGUUACCGAGACCAUAUUGGAAACAGUCUCACCGAUCACUGUAGUCCGGGAUACAGUCACUCGCCAGGCCCCCUCAGUAUCUACCGAAAUAAUCACCGUUGAAACUAUUCUACCUGCUCCAGACUUUUACGAAGCCUGCGGAGCAGAUGCCUUUAUAUCAAGUGCCAAUGGCGGUAAUGAUAUCAAUUUGGCUCUAAAUCUAGGGGCUCUCGCAGAUGGUAUCGGCGGUGAUGCAGCUAAUGGGGCUUACAACUGCUGCGUCGAGUGUUUGAAACGACCCAACUGUUUAUUGAGCAUGACAGUAGGCGGCAGUGAUUGCAUUCACUACGUGCCAUCAGGAACCUCAAACGUUUGCCCUAAUGGCCAAGCGAUGUGGGCUUACUACUAUUCGCUUCCAAAUAGCCCACCGAGCAACACGUAUGCGAACGGCCCUUGCGGAGCAAUGGAAAACAUGGGCUUGCAGUAG